AUGGCAUCCGCUCAACCCUGGAGGAGCGCCGCGAGGACUCUGUCAUGGACUCGAGUCCUCCCGCCGCGGGUGCGACAAGGGGCAUCGCUGCGCCGCGGAUGGCAGACCAGAUGCGUCCAGAUUCGCGCUGCGCCAGCGGAGGAGCCAGCAACGGUCAACGGCGACCAUCUCCCUAUCUCCAGCACCCCUAGCUCCGCCGAAUCAGCCGAUGCACGAUUCGAUGUCAUUGGUGCGCCAUACUCCCUCCUAUCAGUUUCGCUUUCCGCCUCACAGAAUCUCUACACCCGACGGGGUACCUUGGUUGGACUGAGUGGGAAAGCGGACAAUGUGGUUUCUACCCUGAGCGUUCUAGAACCCUUCCGACGGGCUGUUGUCGGCGUACCAUUUCUCUACCAGAAGGUGUCUUCGGCAAGUCCGGUGACAGCCUUGGUCUCCGUGCGCUCUCCUAAUACGUCCUUUGCGGUCGUUCACCUGAAUGGCUCUGUGGAUUGGAUGGUGGCCCAGAGGCGGGCAUUGCUUGCAUGGACUGGUCGCUCGCUCUCUAUCCGCCCGACUAUCAACACAAGCUUGAGUCUUGCCCACUGGGGUAGCUCUGAGGUCACAGGUCGAGGACUGUUGGCAUUGGUCGGCAAUGGUCAACUAUAUUCCGUUGAGCUCAAGGCUGGAGAGCAAUAUGUUGUUCAUCCAAGCAAUGUCGUCGCCUACACCGUAUCCUCUAACCCCCCACGUCCUUACCGCUUCAAGUCUACGACCUUGAGGUUCCAGGUUCCAGGCCUUAAGAGCCUUCCGGCCUUCAUUCAGGGCUCCAAAUUCAUCCAGGACAUGUCGGAAUCGAACACAUGGAAAACGACCAUGAAGAUCGUCCACAGGCUCCGUACGUGGUCUCGGAUGACCAUCUGGGGAGAUCGGUUAUUCCUUCAAUUCGAUGGACCCUCGACCAUUCUUCUACAGACCCGUGGUCCUCGUAUCAACGAGGUAUUGACCACUCAAGAAGUUAACGAACUUGCCAGCGCGCCCAGAGGCUUGACCAUUGGCCCGGCAAAGCCUACUGAGGAAAAUCGUCAAACAACAGCAGAAGACGAGUAUAGGAAAGCUGCCGAGGAGUCCGUCAAUGCUGGACCAGGACCAUCAAGGACAGUGGAAGCCUUGACCAAUGAGGUCAAGGGUACGUCUCAAAGCGUUGCCACCAUGACCAAGGAUGGCAAGGUGAUCUUCGAGAAGCCGGGGCAGAAUUGA